AUGAAAGCAAACACGCAAUCAAGGACGUUGCUGACGUUGGCGGUGACGAUGAUGACGACGGCGCUGUGGUGGAGCGGCGCGCUGGGUCUCGGGCCGUGCCCGAUGGGCUUCUGGCCCGACGGCCGCGGCUGCUGCCCCGAGGUGAUCAACGGCCUGCCCUACUACCGCGACGGCCGCGGCUGCUACCCGCGUGUCUUCGACGGCGUCGCCUACUGGCCCGAUGGCAACGGGUGCUACCCCGACUCGCAGGGCCACUACACCAAGUCAGUGGUGUGCCCCGUGGCUCAGAAGUGCUGGUCCAGCUGCGUGCGGCCCGUCGCUCCCACCCCCACCCCCAACCGCCCUCCCACAGUCGAUCCCACUCCUGGCGCGGCUGCGGUGCGGCGGAAGCGGGCUGGGCCCGACGAGAACGGGUGCUGCCCGCGGGUGGUGGCGGGCGUGCCGUACUACCGGGACCGGCUCGGGUGCUACCCGAUCCUCAUCGCGGCGGGCGUGCGCUACGCCGACGGCCUCGGCUGCUACCCGGACGCCAAGGGCCGCUACCGCGACAACGCCUUCCCGCCGGUCGUGGGCUUCGAUGGGCCGUCGCUGGGCUGCCCGGAGGCCCAGGUCUGCCGGCCCGCGUGUGACGCCGAAGCCGAAGUCGAAGUCCUCGUCGGACAAGGCGCCCAGGUUUAG